GGGUAGAGGCCGUUGAUGACUCAGAUGGGAGUUGUCAAGUUCUUGGUCGUCAGCGUCUUGGUUGCAGGAGUGGCCUUCAAGGUGGCAGAGAAGGUGCUGGUGAUACCACCAAUUCCAUCCAUAGAUCCAAACCCCUGGUGGGGCCCUGGCCCACCCCAGCCUGAAGAUACUACCAUUAAGCCUUUCAAGAUAAAAAUACCAGAGAAGGAUGUGGAGGACUUGAAGACCCGGCUUGGACUUCCUUUAAGGCUCACGCCUCCGUUGAUCGGGGCCAAUUUUACUUACGGCAUGAGUCAGAACACCCUCGAAGAGAUAGUCACUUACUGGAAGACCAAAUACAAUUGGGCGGAGCGAGAGAAGAGGCUGAACCGAUAUCCACACUUUAAGACACGCAUAGAGGGUCUAGACAUCCACUUCCUGAGAGCAAGUGCCGAAGUCGCUGAGAAAAAAGGGACGAAAGUGGUUCCUCUGUUGUUGAUCCAUGGCUGGCCAGGCUCCUUUGUGGAGUUUUACAGCAUUUUGCCGUUGUUGACGAAGCCUCAGGAGGGUAGCAACGUCGUCUUUGAGGUCAUCUGCCCCUCCAUCCCGGGCUACGGAUUUUCUCAGAGUUCUGCAAAGCAAGGUCUUGGACUUCUGGAAACAUCGCAGAUCUUUCUGAAGCUCAUGAAGAGAUUGGGCUAUGACAAGUUCUACCUCCAGGGUGGCGACUGGGGUGCCAUUAUCUCCAAUUUCAUGGCCACAACGUACCCUGACAAUAUCUUGGGCGUGCACCUUAAUAUGGUUGCUGUGAACACGCCGGGACCAAACAUCAAGUUGAUUCUGGGUGCUGUCUUACCCGCGGGGAUCGUAGUUGCAGAAGAGGACCAAGAUAAGCUGUAUCCCUUAGGAGAUACCUUUUCUAUGCUUGCUCGCGAGACGGGCUACUUGCACCUCCAAGCUACCAAGCCAGAUACCGUCGGUGCAGCCCUCAACCAAAGUCCCGUUGGCCUAGCCUCUUACAUCCUUGAGAAAUUUAGUACCUGGACCCAUCAGAACAAUCCCCAUUUACCUGAUGGAGGACUGUUGCAGAAAGACUUCCCAUCAUUGGAUGAAUUACUGGAUAACAUCUGCGUUUACUGGUUUACGGGAAGUAUAACAAGCAGCAUGCGGUACUACGCUGAAAACUUCGGUCGGAUGUCUGAAACCUUCCUCAUGGACAGGAUACCAUGCGAUGUCCCAGCUGGCAUAGCAGUUUUCCCUCAGGAGCUCCUUAACCAACCAAAGAAUUUCAUUGCUCAUAAGUUCCAUGACAUCGUCACUUACACAGAUCAACCUGCUGGAGGCCACUUUGCUGCCAUGGAACGUCCUCAGUUGCUGUCUGCCGAUAUACACAAGUUUGUUUCGGCUGUUGAGAAGAGGAGAUGAAGGCAAUGCAGUUUUCAACAGCAAGAAGCAAAGAAGUAAAAUGAUAAGUUGUGUUCACAGAUUAAUGAUAUUUAAUGAAAGGUAGUUGGAGAAGUAAGACUUUUUUUUAUAAUUAAAUGUAAAUGGAAUAGUUUUUAGGGAAUAAUCUUCUUGAGGUAAAAGUGAUUUUUGUCAGUAUUAUUACAGAAAUAAUAACUAGUGUGAAUUAUGAAUGGAGAAAUAAAAUUCAUCACAUAGCAAAACAUUUGCCGAAAGAGUCCAAGAGUC